AUGGGCAACAGAAUAUGGCGUCGCUUGGCAGGAGAUAUCAUGGUUUCCUUUGAUGUCACGUCCCUUUUUACUUCUAUCCCGCAGGACCUGGCAGUCGAGCCAAUCGAACUACUCCUACGAGAGAAGUACGACGAAACGGAGAAUCGCCUCGGACACGCCCAAAUCAUCCAGCUCCUGAAGUUCUGUCUCAAGACGUACUUUACAUUCGACGGAACAAUCUACGAGCAGGUGAAGGGGACGCCAAUGGGUUCGCCGAUUUCGGGACUCAUAGCCGAGGCGGUCCUUCAACGGCUGGAGUCGCUGGUUUUCCGACACCACAGACCGAAAUCCUGGGCUUGGUAUGUGGAUGACACCUUCGUCGUCACCGAACGGGAUCAGGUGCUGACUUUCAAAGAACAACUCAACGCCGUCUUCCCGGACAUUCAAUUCACGAUGGAGGAGGAGGAAAACAAUCAGCUGGCCUUCCUGGAUGUCCUCGUCUGCCGCAAAGAUUGUGGUGGCCUAAAAACCAAAGUGUUCAGGAAAGCGACAAAUACGACGCAAAUACUGAACUUCAAUAGCAACCACCCGAUCAGUCACAAACGCAGUUGCGUAAGGGCGCUAUACCGGCGUGUUGAGACGCACUGCAGUGAAAUGGAAGACAAGGUUGCUGAAUUACAAUAUCUUCGACGGGUAAUGAGAGCCAAUGGCUACCCGCGCAACUUUGUCAACCAGUGCAUACGAAAAGGACACCAGAGACCAAAUCCAACUAGCCCCAAAUUUUGGCGGGCUCUUCCGUACGUGAAGAACGUCUCGGAAGCCGUCAGUCGUCUUCUCACUCCACUUGGAGUUGGGGUUGCACACAGGCCGGAAGCAACCAUUAGACGCCAAGUAAUGAGGCCAAAAGACCCGCUGCCACGGCAGGAAACGUCUGGAGUCGUUUACCGGAUCUGGUGUAGUUGCGGACAAAGCAAUUAUGUCGGAGAAACUGGGAGAUUACUCCGUACGCGACUUGCCGAGCACGCGGCAGCAGUGAGGCGGGGAGACGCUAACUCUCAGGUGGCGGCACACUCGACGGGACCCGGCCAUAUUUUCAAAUUUCAAGAGGCCGAAAUCCUCGCAAGGGGUGACAACCGCGUGAGCCGCGAGCUGCUCGAGUCAUGGUUCUCAGGCCCGCAAUCCAUCAACAAACACAAUGACCUCCCGGUGCCCUAUUCCGUAUUGCGAUUUUCCCUGGGCAGGAGAAUCAGUCACGUGAGGAGGGCGCGGGUGAGCAAUUAUCACGGUGACAGUGAGCCAGUUUGCCGAGCAAUCGUCACACCAGCAUCGAGCACGGAUGACGAAAUCGCGGCCAUUAACAACUCGGACUCGGACCGCCAAGCCACCGCCGCAUCAAUUACGACCCCAGCGGCGAUUGUGAGAACUGUUAAUUGCUGUGCGCAUACGGUCCCACGGCAGCCACGUGCUAUAAAUACUGCAUUCCUGGUGCCACCUUCACCUCUAUCUGCGAAUGUCGCUGAUGAUGGAUUCGAGUGA